CUUUGGGUAAAACUUCAUUUUCAUUACAUAAAACAUUCAUUUGAUUUCCAUUGGAGACGACGACGCGAGGUUGACGGCCAACUAACUGGAGGAGAGUCAGCCAUGUUAGAAGCACCCAUUAUAGUCGAUGCAAAAGGACACUUAUUAGGACGUCUGGCAUCCGUAGUUGCAAAGGAAAUUUUAAGUGGUCAGCAGAUCGUCGUCGUUCGUUGUGAGGAACUCAAUAUUUCUGGAGACCAUCACCGACACAAGCUCAAGUUUAAGAGUUACUUGAGAAAGAGAAUGAACACGAAUCCUUCUCGCGGUCCCUAUCACCAUCGUUCACCUUCCAAAAUCUUCUUCAAGGCAGUCAGAGGAAUGGUUCCUAGAAGAAUCCCACGCGGUUCUGCAGCGUUGAGUCGACUCAAGGUAUUUGAAGGUGUACCUCCACCCUAUGAUAGAAUGAAGAGAAUGGUUGUUCCUCAAGCUUUAAGAGUGGUUCGUUUGCGUCCAGAUAGAAAGUACACGCACGUGGGCACUCUUGCUUCACAAGUGGGUUGGAAGUAUGCUGAUGUUAUCAAACGUUUGGAACAAAAGAGAAAACAAAGAAGCAAAAAUUUCUAUCUCAAGAAGAAAGAAGCUAAGAAAGUAAGAAAGGAGGCAGAAAGAGGUUUGGAUUUAUCCGAAUGGAGUGCUCUAUUGGAACCUGUUUCUAUGCAUCUUCAUCAUUCAACAACAUCAUAAUAAAAGUUAGUCCUUUUUCAUA